AUGCCUUUCGCCGGCGAUACAAAUGACCACGGCUCAUUUGAGUUCACUUCCCCGCUUUCGUUUGUGAAGUUGAUGGCUUUGGAACGGCUUGAGGAUACGGAGAUACCCCAUGCCAGCACAACCGAGCCAGAGAAAGUGGAACGUUUCCGCUCGCUUGCAGCUCCAUUCCCUCCGGGUGAGGGAACACGUUCAUUCGGUGGACAUGUAUAUGCUCAAUCGGCAUAUGCCGCCUCAAAGACCGUCGGAAAGGGAUUUGUGGUCCACGAUAUGACUGGUACAUUCAUUCUUGGAGGCCGGCUGGACAUCCCCUAUGUUUACAGCGUUCGGCAUGUUCGAGAUGGCUUCAUGUAUUGCACAAGAGCAGUCGAUGCUCGCCAAGAUGGAAAGAUCUGUUUCUCAUGUCUAUGCUCCUUUAAGCGUGAUGAGAAUCAAACAACGUUUCACCAUCAACCUCCACCAGUCCAGGAACGGUUUCGAGACAUUCUGACCAGGAAACGGCCUGAACAACAGCCUAUUAGCCCCAGUGUUGAUGCAGACUGGUGGAUUGAGAAUGUUGAACAAGGAAACAUUGCUGAGCGAGAAUUUCCCGGACUUGAUGUACGAAAGGUCGACAUGAAAGACUCGAAUAAAACGAAAUCGAUCCAAGAGUCGCCAGAGAAAUAUCGCCAACUCACUCAGUAUCGACUGAAAGGAAUGCCAGACGAAGAUUCCAAGGCAAGUCUUGCCCAGAUCAAGGAGAGGGAACUUGCUGGGGAAUAUGAUAAUCUUUAUGCUUGCGCACACAUGUACUCAAGUGACAAGAACUCACUCCUCCUUAUCCCACGGGCACUUGGUAUCAAGAAUUGGGCUGAAAUGGCCAGUCUUACUCUGACAGUGAUUGUUCACCAGCAUGGGUCGGCGUUGAGAAUGAUUGAUUGGGAUGCUGUUUCCAACGACCCUGGCUUGACUCCCCCUAUGAAGUGGUUCAUCCAAGAAGGGUGGACACCACAGUCUGCAGAAAACAGAGCUGUGCAUGAGAGUUAUCUAUGGGCACCCGAUGGCACACUUGUUGCUACAUCAUUACAAGACAGCAUGCUUCGAUUGCGCAAACUUGGGCGUGCAGGGAAUCUGUGA